AGUUCAGCAUUGUUUUCAGUAUGACGUAGUAAGGGACGCGUGCGUAAGGAGCGCCGCUGCCGUUCAGGAAGGGAGGAACUACAAGCAGACGAUUAAAUAUGCGCACAAUCCUCUUGUCUGCACUCUGCAAAUGUUUAAGAGAAACAACAAUACUAUCCAUUAAGAGGAUUGUUGCAAGUGUUCUGUUACUAAUAAAAAAACGCCUAGACGACGAAUAAUUUCACCGUAGAAAUAAGAGAAAUAUAAAAUGGCUAGCAGCUGAAAAUUGGUAUGCUGUGGCCACAAUGUCAAAAAAAGAAGAUUCGGGAGGAAAGAAAGGUUCUCACCAAACUGAACUUUACGCAGAGGUCCCUGCGACAUGCCUGCCUAUUGUCUAUUCCCCAGAGUACAACAUCACCUUCCUGGGUUUGGAAAAGCUGCAUCCCUUUGACGCUGGCAAAUGGGGCAAGGUCAUUCGCUUCUUAAAAGAGGAGCAGUUCAUCACCGAUGAGAUCAUUGUUCUAGCCCGGGAGGCCAGUGAGGCGGAUCUUCUUGUGGUUCACACCACACGUUACCUGAACAGACUCAAGGUAGAGAUGCAGUGUCUGCUGUGGCCAUGUCCUGUGUUAUCACUUCUUUUCCUAGCACCCAUAACUCCAUAUACUGAUGGCAAAAGAACUGCUGGAAAGCUGGCAAUGGAUCGAGGAUGGGCAAUAAAUGUGGGAGGAGGCUUCCACCACUGCUCCAGUGACAAAGGAGGAGGUUUUUGUGCCUACGCUGACAUCACACUAGCGAUCAAGUUUCUCUUUGAGAGGGUGGAAGGAGUUGCCAGGGCCACCAUCAUCGAUCUAGAUGCCCAUCAGGGAAACGGCCACGAGCGGGAUUUCCUGGAAGACGGACGCGUUUACAUAAUGGAUGUCUAUAAUCGCCACAUCUAUCCAGGAGAUGGAUAUGCAAAGAGGGCGAUUAAACGAAAAGUGGAGCUGGAAUGGGGCACAGAAGACAUGGAAUAUCUACAGAAAGUGGAGCUUCAUUCAGAAGGGGCACUGAAUGAAAUACGGCCUGACAUCAUCAUAUACAAUGCAGGCACGGACAUUCUUGAUGGAGACCCUCUUGGAGGGCUGGCUAUAUCCCCACAGGGUAUCAUAAAGAGAGAUGAGAUCAUCUUCAGGGCAGCCCGGCGACGAGGAAUCCCCAUCCUUAUGGUGACGUCAGGGGGCUACCAGAAGAAAACCGCCCGCAUCAUUGCUGACUCCAUCCUGAAUCUGCACAGACAGGGUUUGAUUGGUGAAGAGGCUGUAGAGGGUGCAGGACCCUCACAUGUACCGCUCAUGAUGAGCAAAUCUGUGUCAUUGGGGGCCACGUUCAGUGCCAUUUAAACUCUCCUGAUCUUGGACCUUGUCAAGUGUGUCAGACACACUGUUAAUUUAUCUAAUGCAAACAUUUAGAACUAAUAUAUAAUGUUCUGGUCAGGGAUCUAAUGGUUUGGUGGUUUGGACCGAGAUUGACUCAGGAUAGUUUUCGUAGUUCAUCGAUUUGAACUAUUUAACUCGUACGUUGCAUUUUUUGUGAUUAGAUUUGGAGUGAAAUUUUGAAAUUGGGUAAUAUUUUCAACUUUUUCAUAAUUUCUUAAGGGUAAGCAAUGCUUGUUUGCACAUUCAAUUUUCAAAGGAAUAGUUUACCCCAAAAUAAAUUCUGUCAGCAUUUGCUCACACUCAUUCCAAAUCCAUUCAGUUUUAUUAUAUGGAAAAGAACAUUUCUCAUUUUGUGUUCCACAAAAGAAAGACAAUGAUACAGGUUUGGAAUGACAGAAUUUUCAUUGUUGGGUAAACCUUUUUAAUUGGUGCCCACAAGUUGGGCAUUGGAAGGG